UGAGGGGGAAGGGGAUCGAUGAGGGGAGGAUUUAGAACAGAAGAGGGGAUAGGUAGAGGGUUUAGAGACAGAGAGGGGUCUCAGUGAGGGGGAAUUGGUGAGAGGGCCAUCUCAUCAAGGGGCUGUAGAUUGAGGGACUGGUAAAGCGUGAAAGGUCACAGGUGUGGGGAAGGAGCAGUGAGGGAGGAGGGUCCACGAUUGAGAGGUCAUUGAGAUCACGCAUUCUGACUGAUGGGGAGGAGUUAGAGAGGAGGGACACUGGAGAAGCAAGGAUCCAGUCAGAGGCAGGGCGAGUGAGGGGAUGGUCUAGUCAGGAGGGAGGGCCAGUUGAGGAAGGGCAAGCAAGGUGAUAGGAGUGGAGGGUGGGCAGGCUGCAGUCAUGUCGUUGCUCCUGCCCUUUGACAGCCUGGUCUGUACCCUGCUGGGCAUCUCGCUGACGGUCUGGAUCACUCUCCUACUGGUCUUCAUCAUUGUUCCCGCUAUUUUUGGCGUGUCCUUUGGCAUCCGUAAGCUCUACAUGAAAACCCUGCUGAUAAUCUUCGAGUGGGCCACGCUGCGAAUAGAAAGGGGAGCCCGUGAGAGGAAACAGCUGAUCUACAAAACAAACUCGAACGGUAUCAUCAUGAAGGAGCCCACUUCCCUGGAGGAGGAGAUCAAGCAGAUGAGGCAGAACGGAGACGGCACAGCCCCGGACAGCCGGGAAUUUGAAAUGUCUGAUAUCUUCUACUUCUGCAGGAAGGGGGUCGAGACCAUCGUGGACGAUGAAGUGACAAAGCGAUUCUCAGCCGAGGAGUUGGAAUCUUGGAAUUUAAUGACGAGGACGAACAACAAUUUUCAUUACAUCAGUCUUCGCCUGACCAUCCUCUGGGGACUGGGUGUCUUUGUGCGGUACUGCUUUCUCCUCCCACUGAGGGUUACCCUGGCGAUUACUGGCAUUAGCUUGUUGGUGAUUGGAACGACCAUGGUGGGAUAUUUGCCAAAUGGCUGGUUGAAAGACUUUCUCAGCAAGCAUGUACACUUGAUGUGCUACAGGAUAUGUGUGCGGGCAUUGACUGCUAUUAUAUGCUACCAUGACAGGUCUGUAUAAUGCACUGAAUGUGCA